AUGUCUUCCAAUGAGAAAAAACGCCUUCGAGAUCGUCGCUCGCAGCAAACACUCCGAGAAAAGAAGCUGCGACAUACAUCCCAACUCGAAGAACAAGUGGCGCACUGCGAGCAACAUCACAGCGACCAAGGCGUGCAACGCCUUCUCCAAGUAAUAGAAGGGCUCCGAAAACAAAAUGAAGCUCUUCUCAACCGCCAAAGGAGUUUGAAAUCCCUCGUGGACUCCUGGGAGACAGAAGAGGAACCAGCCGCCACCGAUGACUCCAGCCAUGACCUAUCAUCUCUGUAUAAGGAAAUGAGCAACCGAGAAGCCCAGUUCUCCCUCCAAACGAACUUCAAUGAUUCAAUAGCACCACAUGGGAUAGGCAGCCUUCUCAACGCCCCCAUGUCGGCCGUAUCAACGCCACGCCAAAAACGAUCCCCCUCUUUGGAACCUCUUUCCGCCGAGACCACAUUUCUGUGGAACCAAAUCCCGCCACACACUGACGACUUCGGCACACGCACCAUGAUCUCCUGUCCGUGGUUCCUCUACCCGGAGCUGAUAGUCCCAUGUCCAGAUGUCCCCAAUUCACCUCUUGACUUCAUAUACGGCACGAAAACAAACGCGUUAGCAGACCAGAUUCACACGGCGCUGCAACGCCGUCCAGUCCGCGAUCCGGAGCGACUGGGUACCGGCUGGCUUACUUACCACUUCUCGCGAUGGGUCAUCGCGCCCAGCCCGGAGACUUAUGGUCGACUCCCGGCAUUUCUCAGGCCUGUGCAGGGCCAGAUGGCCGUCCCGCAUCCGCUCGUGUUGGAUUUUAUGCCGUGGCCAAGGUUUAGGUUGAAUCUAAUUCGGCGGUGGCACGUGUAUGGCAAAGACCGGGAUGGUUUGUUCGGGUUCAUGGCUUGUUGUGUUAAACUUCGAUGGCCCUGGAAUGAAACCGUUCUUGAACGCAAUGAGAAAAACGAGUUGUGUAUGAAAAAGACGUUUUAUGAGACGAUCAUGAGGGAAAGUGGGUGGGGGCUUACGCCGGAGUUUAUUAGACGGUAUCCUGAUCUUGUGGAGGGUAUGGAUAUUAAUAAAAUCGUGGUUGAACUUUUUUGA